CUGGCCAUAGCGUAUUUGGGAUUUUAAAACACCCUCAAGGACUUUGCAGGUGUCUUGUCCCCAGUUUUGCCUGGCACAGCCACAGUGGCAGAGCCUGGAUGUGUAGGAUUGUCCAAAUGGCUGGGACAAGAGUGGACGGGUGAGAGUGUGAGCAGCACUGGGAUGCCCAGAUGCCUCUUUGCAGUGGCAGUAGGCAGAAAUUCCUGCCCUUUUGGCCCAUUGACAACGCAAUUGAGAGGCUCAAACCUGAGGCUGGAGGGUUUCCAAGCUGAGAUGACAGCAGCUCACACCAAAAGUCUUCUAACACAACAGAUUGUCCUCCCGUGGUUUUCACUUGUCCCUGCUUAGACAUAAGGUUCAGCACAAUGAGUUGGCAUUCUGGGUGUUAGCAGCCUGCGGAGAGUAGGACGGGUGCUGCCCUGCUCACCCCUCACCCCUCGCUCAUUCCCCUUGGGGAGACGGGUGCUGGCGUCCCUGUCCUGCCCUUCCACCCCUUGCUCCCCACUCGCCAUAGAGGGGACUGGCCCGUUAUGGCUGGGGACAGGCUCCCACGCAAGGUGAUGGACCCCAAGAAGCUGGCCAGCCUCCUGAGGAACGGAGCGGAGGGCACCCUGGUCAUCGACAGCCGCUCCUUUGUGGAGUACAACUCCUGGCACGUCCUCAGCUCCGUCAACAUCUGCUGCUCCAAGCUCGUCAAGAGAAGACUCCAGCAGGACAAGGUCUCCAUCACGGAGCUCAUCCAGCCUGCCUCCAAGAUGAAGGUGGAGGCGGAGGACCACCAGGACGUGGUGGUCUACGACCAGAGCACGAGGGACGUGACCGGCUUGGCUGCUGACAGCUUCCUCUCCAUCCUCCUGGGCAAGUUGGACAGCUGUUUCCACAGCGUCUCCAUCCUCACAGGAGGCUUUGCCACCUUCUCAUCCUGCUUCCCAGGGCUCUGUGAGGGGAAGCCAGCUGCCAUCCUGCCAAUGAGCAUCUCCCAGCCGUGCUUGCCUGUGGCCAACGUCGGCCCCACACGCAUCCUGCCACAUCUCUACCUGGGCUCCCAGAAGGAUGUCCUGAACAAGGACUUGAUGACACAGAAUGGGAUAAGCUAUGUCCUAAAUGCCAGCAACUCCUGUCCCAAGCCAGACUUCAUCUGUGAUAGUCACUUCAUGCGCAUUCCUGUCAAUGACAACUACUGUGAGAAGCUGCUUCCCUGGCUGGACAAGUCCAUUGAAUUCAUCGACAAAGCUAAGGUGUCCAGCUGCCAGGUGAUCGUGCACUGCUUGGCUGGGAUCUCCCGGUCAGCCACCAUUGCCAUCGCCUACAUCAUGAAGACCAUGGGUAUGUCGUCAGACGAUGCUUACAGGUUCGUUAAGGACCGUCGCCCAUCCAUCUCGCCCAACUUCAACUUCCUGGGCCAGCUCCUGGAGUACGAGAGGAGCCUGAAGCUCCUCAAGGCCCUGAAGUCAAAGGGUGACCGGGGCGAGGGGGAUACGCAGCAGGACCCAGCAGAGGUGGCUGAGGGCAGCCGGCAUCCCCUAACACCUACCUCAGAGAAGGCCGAGGAUGUGCCGAGGAGCACCGGCUCGGUGUCCCCCACCAGUGACCCCGAGCGGCAGGGCGGGACCCCGAAGGUCCUGUCUCCCACCACCCUGCAGCAGGGCCUCAAUGGCUUGCACCUCUCCUCCGAGCGCAUCCAGGACACCAACCGCCUGAAACGCUCCUUCUCCCUGGACAUCAAGUCUGCCUACUCCCCCGGCCUGCGGCAGGACCCCCCUGGGCCCCCUGGACCCGGGGAAGCCCCCAAACUCUGCAAGCUGGACAGCCCCUCGGGCUCGGGCAGCCUCAGCCCCUUCUCCCCGGGGGCGGACAGCCCCGACCGGCCCGCGGGGCCCGAGCUCCUGCUGGAGGCCAAGGUGAGGCAGCGGCGGAAGCACCGGCACCCGGCGGGCUCGCCGGCCCACGGGCUCAGCCUCAACGUUGGCGGGACCUGCGGCACACGUAAGAGCCCCGGCGCCGAGGACGGGCUGCCCCCGCGGCUCAGCCAGCCGCCCACGGCGCCCGGCGCCACCACCGCCACCGCUGCCUGGAGCGGGGUGCACCUGGAGUCCCCCAGCACUCCGUCGGGUGAGGCUGGCUGGUACUUCGGCAAGGACUCCGGCAGCAGCAGCGGCGGCGGCGGCAGCGGCGGGGGCCUGUUUCCCAGCGCCGGCCCGUACCCGCCGCCGUUCGGCUGCGGCGCGGUGGCGGCUGGAUGCGAGAUCAGACUGAGGGACAAGGCGCGGGCCGAGCCGCGGGACGGGCGGCACAGCUGGCAUGAGGAGGCCGGCGCCGAGAAGCAGUUCAAGCGGAGGAGCUGCCAGAUGGAAUUCGAGGAGACCAUGUCCGAGGGCAGGGCUCGGGAAGAGCUGGGCAAAAUCAGCAAACAGUCCAGCUUUUCGGGCAGCAUGGAGAUCAUCGAGGUGUCCUGACACUCACCCGGGGUGCCUGGAGACCUGGGACGGGGCUGGGGCGGGGGGAUAUUUAAGCUGG